ACCACUGUUGCAAAAACAACUUCUAUGCCAACAACAAGCCCGUUACGUACUUCUACAGCUGCUAUGUCACUGAUGGGGAAAUGCCUGUUGCGACUUGGUCACCCCAACUCCACACACGUGUCCACCGACGGAUUGUACUGCUUCCAGUUCAUAGACACCAAACAGUCUUGGAUGCACGCCAAAGAAGACUGUGCAAGAAGGAAUGGACAUUUGUUGUCCAUUGAAAGCGAGAGAAAAACUAACUUCAUAUACAAGAUGCUAACGAAAAUUCCGUACGUGCAGCCAAUCUGGAUAGGACUACAUGACAGGACCUCGGAGGAGAAGUGGCAAUGGGACUCCGGUAUUCCUGCUACAUACUUUAACUGGAUGCCGGGCCGUUUCGUCGACCAGUACCAUAGCACCGAGGAUUGGGUAGUGUUCGUCCAUGCACGUCAUGGCCAAUGGGACGAUAUGGACUGUGACGGAAUAUCCUACGAGAUAGUCCUGUCCUUCCCCUACAUCUGUCAAUUCCGUCUUUAGAGGAGUUCCUUGCCGUGUUUGUAUUUAGUCGAC